AUGAUUUUUAUCAGGUGGAAUAAGUCGAUUUCCUUAACAAUUUUGCUCCUAUUAUAUUUAAACAAUGUAAUUUACAUAAAUACAAAUGAUAUAAAAGAUAAGAAAAAGGAAGACGUUUCGAACAAAGAAAAUAAUGCAGUUGAUAAUGAUGAUCAUGAAAACUUAUCAAUCGAAGGAGGAAAUGGAAAUGAUAAUGAUAACGCCUUUGCUGGAAAUAACUCGGGAAAAAUAAAUAUACAGGAUGAUGAAAAUGCCGAGUUCAGCCCAACCGGUAUAUUUAAUGCUUUUGAAAAAAUUUUUUUAAGAAAAAGGAAAGAUAAUAUAGACGAGAGUGAUAUGCAAUCAGACAAUUCGAAUGACAACAAAAAGAAUAAGAAUUCUUUGAAUGCAUCAGAUGAUGAUGAUGAGGAGGAGGAUGGAGAAAGAAGUAUAAAGGACGAAAUUUAUCAUGCAUUUAAUUAUGUAAAAGAUAAAUUUGUUCCUUUUUUUUCAAGUAAAAAUCAAACAAUUAAAGCUGAGGAUGAUGAUACUACAAAUCCAACUGAAGAUAAUAAAGAUAUUAACAAACAAAAGCAAGAGCCCAGUGUUGACGAUGCAGCAAAAAAAGACCCACCUGAAUCAAAGGAAUCAAACAGUAAGGAAGUUACUAGUCAGAAAGGUGGAGAAAGUAUGGCAAAUACGUCCCCAUAUAGUUAUGAUAAUUUUUUUAAAAAUAAAGAAACAAGAAAACCCAAACCUGAGGUAUCAGAACAUAUUCAGAAAACAUUGUUAAAAGAAGGGAACGAUAUUAAGGAAACCACUAGCCAAAUAGAUAAUGUUGUAUAUAAUUUUGAACAAGUAAUUUUGAAAACAAAAUUCUACACUAAAGCUAUUAAAAAUUUUGUACAUUUCAAAAUGUACCAUAUAUGUGAAUAUUCAAAAUGUGGAGCUAAUGCUCGUUGUUAUAUUGUUGAUAAAGAUAAAGAAGAAUGCAGGUGUAGAGCAAAUUAUGUGCAAGAUACUUCCGUAGACUAUUUUAAGUGUAUACCUAUGACUACAAAGGAUUGUAAGAAGAAAAAUGGAAAUUGCGAUAAAAAUGCAGAUUGUUCAACUGAUAAAAAUAAUAAUAUAAGAUGUCAGUGUAAACAUGAUUAUUUUGGUGACGGUAUAUUCUGUGUUAUGGGAUCUCAAGCAAGGCAAUCGGUGUACUUGCUCCUCUUAGUUGUUAUUGGUGUUGUUCAGAAAUUUCUCUUUUAA